UCGGAUCCCAGUCACAUUACCAUCUCUAGCCAUCACAAACAGAGGGAGGCUAAUGAAGAAGUACACAAGCAAGUGAAUCUGGACUCCUACCGAGCAAGCUAUUGAGUGAGAGGGACGCACUCAAGCUGGCCGCGCUGGACGUUGUGGAGCCUGGCAUUCACCACCUGCUUCACCUUGCCGUUGACGCUGUCCCUCGGGAUCCAGAUGCCACCUUUCGCCAGCCAUUCGUUAAAGCUGUGCGGUGCUAUCUGUGUUCUGCGAUAGCCGAGGGAGGUCUCGUGAGCUUUGGCGGCAGCAACCAGGGAUGUCUGGGCCAUGGAGCGUGGACGUGGCCUGGGAACCUCGGGUUCAAUAAUUUCAGAUUUUAAUAGAUAUAUAUAUAGUUCGGGUACUGUGGUUAUUAUCCGAUUAGGCCCCAAUUUAAUUUGGGUUUUCCGUUUCGUUACCCACUAGAAUCAUUCGGGUAUUUGGCCUACGAAUUUGGGUAUUUUGGAUUUCGGGCUGUGAAAUCGCCAAACACCUGAGAUCUGCUUUUUCGGUCUGGUGGAACGUGGAAUUGCAGCAGACCUGGGCGGGUAAAGCGUGAACGCCUGUACGACGCAACACGCCGAGGCGGUGGCUGCGGCGGCGGCGCGCCGACGCCGCGGUCGCCUCGUCCUUUCCCUCGUCGUCUUCGUUGCUGUCUCCGCCGCCGCAGCCCUCGCCUACCUAUCUUUCCCCUCUGCCGGGCGGACAUCGCCCCCGGCGGUCCGGACGGAGGCCGACUGCUGCAGGGGUAUGGAGGGCCUCGAGCUCUGGGGCCCGGCGGUCAAGUGGGGCUCAGACCACCGCCUGCCCUCCGCCGCCGCCUGCUGCGCCGCCUGCAAGGCCAUGUGCCCUCACCCUAAGGACGGGGCCUGCCGCUGCGACUCGUGGGUCUUCUGCGGUGACGAGCGCAAAUGCAAGGACAGGCUCGGGGAGUGCUGGCUGAAGAAACAGAAGGAUGUCAUGGCCCCUGCUGUUAUUGCAAAGGGGGAGGACGUCAUGUGGACUUCUGGUCUAAUCUUUGGAAAAGGAGAGGGGAUUGUGGGGCUUGAAACAAAUUUAGGGACACUUCAUAUUCAAUUGCUGCCUGGUUGCGCGCCCCGUUCAGUGGACCACUUCAUCGAGCUCCUGGGCUUGCGCAACUGUGCUGGAUGCAGAUUUUAUCGUGCAGAAGGACGUGGGAACGUCUGGGAUGCAAAAGGCGACCAUGAAAAAAAUGUUGCAUUUGGCCCCCCAUAUGCAUUGCUUCAAGGAACACUGGAAGUUGAUGGUGUGCCCUUCAAGAAGAUACCAAGAGAAGCAUGUCCGGCGGUGAAAAGAGGGUCCGUUGCCUGGGUAGGGUCAGGGCCAGAGUUCCUGAUCAGCUUAGCGGACCACGAGGAGUGGAGGGACGCCUACACCGUGUUCGGGAAUGUGCUUCCCAUGGACAUGGCGAUCGCUGAGGAGAUGACACUGCUGCCGACAAGCACAGACGUGUGGAGCAACGUGAAAGUGAAGGUGCUGAAAGAUCCUGUCUACUUCAAGGUCAAGAGAAGCAGCAAUGCUAGCGCUGUCUAGGUGAUGGGCAUAUUUCUUCUUGCUUGUUUGGAUGGAAGGCUGUGGCAACACCGGCAAAUGGUUGUUUGACCAUGAAAACCUGUGUUAUAACUCACAGGAGACGAUGGUCUCGCUUCAUUGUGCAAAGAAAGGGGAGAGUUCUAAUACAACAGUAAUAUACUAGCACAGUAGUAAUAUACUAGUACAAUACUCCUAGUACAAAGGCCGGAGAUUCUCUCUUUUUUCCUCGUGUAGAACACGUGACUCAACGAGUUCUUCGUGUCUUUUAGUUUGCCUC